GUUCGGUGUUUUGUUUAUGUUUACGUGUGGCAUUUUCUCUGGCGAUAAAACGCAGGAAAACCAGGAAAUUCCGCUGUUUUUGAAGUUCUAGUGCAGUGAUUUGUGAGCAUGGUGGCUGCUAAUUCGGAGACUCUAGCAGAUGUGGUGUUCCUCAUUGAGGGCACGGCGAUAAAUGGAGCGUACAUCAACGACAUCAAGUCCAACUACAUCAUUCCGACUUUGGAGUACUUUUCUCAGUCCUUCUCUUCGCAGUGGAUUGGAGAUGACCGGGAGUACUGGACGGGACUGGACAGAAAUAGUACUUUGUACGGAAUUGUCGUCUAUAAAACUGCCCAAAGUAUGCCGGGAGUUUGCUGCACAACUUACGGACCCUUUGCCAGUGCCAAGAAGGUCCUCAGUACCAUUGAAAAGCUGGAGUUAUCCGGUGGCAAGAGUGAAUCGUAUGCGAAUCUGGCUGAAGGAAUGGCUACGACUCUCGUCUGCUUCGAUGACUUGGAGGAGCGCAGGGAUCAGGGAACAGUGACACAGAAGCACUGCAUUCUCAUCUGCAACAGCGUCCCGUACUCAAUGCCUGUUCAAGAGUGUUACAUGCACGAGAACAAGACCGUGGAUCAGCUCGCUUCGACUUUCCAGGAGAAGGACAUUAACUUCUCCAUUCUCUCUCCGCGCAAAAUUCCUGUGCUGUUCAAGCUCUUUGAGAAAUCGGGCGGAGACUUGUCCUCCUCCACGUCCAAGAACUACUGCAAGGAUCCUCGGCAUUUGGUACUCCUCAAGGGAUAUUCGCUCAAAGAACGCCCCGCCAGUCCUCCGGCGACCACCACAAUCAAUCUCCCGAGUCCUCUGGCCUCCAACAUGAUGCCCAUGAACAAUCAGAUGGAGUCCGGAGGGAAUCAAAUGCUCGCCGGGCCAAAUAUCACUCAAGCUGGUCCAAUGCGAACCAACAUGAACAAUCCUGGAAUGUUCUCAGACAACAUGCAAAAUCCAAUGGGCAAUCCGAAUAUUCCGAGGCCGGGUCUCAUGUAUCCUGGACAGGGACCGAAUCCGCAGAUGAACCCUCAAGUGUCUAUCGCACCGCCAAAUCAACCCACCAGCGUGUCAAUGGGCUACAAUCCAGUUCAGCAGCAGCAACAGAUGAACCCAAGACAUCCCAACACCAGAUGGAUGAUGCCGCCACAGCAGCAGCGACCCUUUCUCGCCAACCCCGGACAGAAUCCGCAGCAGCAGCAGCAAAUGCCGAAUCAGCAACAGCAACAAUCUGCUCUCAUUACUCAACUCAGCACGCCACCGCACAGCAUGGCAUCGCAAGGCGUCGGCCAAAUGGGCAACAUGACUCAACAGCAAGCCCAGCAGCAAGCCAUCCGGAUGCAGAUGAUGAACCAGCAGCAACAGCAGCAACAACAACAGCAGCAGCAACAACAGCAGCAGCAGCAGCAACAGCAAAACACUCAGCAAAUGCAGCCUCAAAAUCAAGGACCGCAGCAGGUUAAUCAGCAGCAAAUGCCACAGACCAUUCCAACUUCAGCACAGCAACACAUGCCGCCCACGAGUGGCGUUCCCACGACUGCCACUGGUGCGGCUGGUGGUGGCCAGACCAGCUCCAACUCGAGGGAGAAAAUCUGGACGGGCAUCUUGGAGUGGAUUGAGAAGGCCAAGAGUGAUCAGCCGAAAAUUGCACGCCACGUCCCGUGCUAUGUCACAACUAAUAUCAAAGAUGGUGAACCUGAACUGAAGGCGGAUAGUUGGCCACAGAAGCUCAUUAUGCAACUCAUGCCCAAGCAACUUGUGGGGAAUAUCGGCGGCCAGUACCUCAAGGAUUCCAAAACCGUGAUCUUCCAUCCCAGCCAGUGCGAGGCUCUGGAUGCUCUGUCGAAAGUCAUGGCGACGGGCUUUGCAGGAUGUGUACACUUUACGGCCUCACCACCGACAAACUGUGAGAUAAAAGUGCUAAUUCUCCUGUACACGGCAGAGAAGAAGGCCUUCAUUGGCUUCAUACCAAACAAUCAAAUAGGGUUUGUGGAGAGACUACGGAAAGUGAUCCAACAGAAACAAGGCUUGGUGCGUCAUGGACAGAACCAACAGUCUGCUGGGCAGCAGGGCGGUGCUGGUGGAAAUCCGGGCACAGCCGGAAAUGCAGGUGCGGGUGCUCAGGGCCCGGGUGGCCCAAGUGGUGCAGGUCAACCAAAUACGAUGAAUCCUGCAACCAAUAUGCCAACGUCACAACCGACCAAUUCACAGAUGAUGCCGCAAAUGGGACAAACGUCUACGGCUCAAAUGGGUCAGCAGCAGGCAGUUAAUCAGGCGGCACGCAUGGGAAUGGUGAAUAUGCCGAAUGUGGGAAAUCCCAAUCAGAUGGCGGGGAUGCACAAUGUUAAUCCGGGUGGACAGCAUAUGGACAAUCGUCAGCAGAAUAUGGAGAAGAUGUCGCACCUGAAGCAGUCCCUGGAGGCGGUUGUGCAGCAGGAUCAGCAGCAGCAAUUCAAGAAUUUCGAAUUUGGCCAGAUGCCAAUGCAUCAGAUGUCGACAGAUAAUAUGCACGCCGCUCAGGUGGCACAGCAGCAGAAGCAGGAGCAGUACAAGAUGGCACUGCUUCAGCAGCAGCAACAGCAGCAGCAGCAAAUGCGCGGAGUCGGAAAUUUGGGCAAUCCGCAGCAGCAAAAUCCACAGCAGCGAAUGAUGCGUCCCGUGAUGGCGAGCAAUCCCGGUUUGCGUCACCUUCUCCAGCAACAGCAGCAGCAGCCGCAGAAUCCGCCGUAUCGUCAGGUGAUGGGAAUGCAAGGUGGCAAUCCGGGCGGACCGCAAAUGGGUGUGCGACCACAGCAGGGUGGCAAUCCGCAGCCUCAGCAGCCCUUCGAGGACUCUAAUUUCGACUUUAUCUAAUUUGCUCAUUAGGAUUCCACGCACAUUGUCGCCAAGGAGGACUGCUGGCAAAUCACUUUGCUGGAGGCGUUUCCCGCCCGUCCGGAAGAGCAGACAGAGAGAGAGAGAGAGUCAAUUGGUGGAAUUUUGCAAAGUGGUGUAAUUGUAUUGUACCUUUUUGUGUAUGUAUGAAUUGCACAAUUUAUGUUAAUCCGUCAAUAAUUUUCUGCAUAAAUUGCAUUAAUAUUAUCAAUUAUUACCAACACGGAGAGAAAGAGGAUGUUUUUGACUGCAAUUUGAAUAUCCGGUCACAUAACAUUAUUUAAUUCCAAUUCACUGUGACUGGUGAGCACGUGUAUUGGAUUACGGCGAUGUGCAGAAAUUGGACACAUUUAUUGGUGUAAUGAUUUUGAAAAUUUGUGUGUGUGUGGGGGUGAUUUGUCGAAUUGAGAAAUAAUUAUUAUUUCAGCUGUAUAUCGUUCUGCAUAGAGUAAAUUUUGGCAUUUCCUGUUGUAUCUGAAAUUAUCUGUGUUGUAAUUUAUGCAGGUGCCUGAAUAUUUAUUUAUAGGGCGGUCCAGAGUGUGGAAAUAUCAAAUGUCAGCUUAUUUCCCACCACAUAUAUUCCGCACAACUUAUCAGUAUAGCGUUUCUCAAACAUUUGCCCUUUUCUAAUUGUGUCUUUUUAAGCUUAAUUUUCUUCAUUCUAAUUUUGCCAAAGGAAUUGUUUCUGAAUGAAUACCUCAAAUUACUGUCUGAAUCAUCUCCGCUUUGCUUUAAAGCAUUUCUACAGGCUUCAGUCGUUUAUUGAAAGCCCUUUUUUUGCAUUGUCCAGAGUGAUUUAUUAUGGGUAAAUCCUGCAAAUUUUCACAAUAACCAAUGGACUGAAUCCAAUACCUACAUAAAUGAUUGAUUGCCAACAGUUUAGAUUAGUUGAAAAUGUAUCGCUGGACCAUUAUCGGGAAAUUUGUUGCGAUAAAUAACGAAUAUUUCAUUUUCAGACUGGCGCGACAAUUUCAUGUGGGAAGAUUGGUGUAGUGAGAUAAGGUGUGUCUGUAAAUUGCAAACUGCCGUCAGUGCUGUGCUAAAGUUCUGCGCAUAAGUUGGGGUGAUUCAUUUUGGGGUGGAUGCAAUUCGUGUAUUGGAGUUUAAUUCAAUUGUACUUCAUUUCACAGCAGCAAUUAAGUAAUUUGUGGACACACUGUAAAUUCGCUAAGUAAAUAACUCAUUUUAAUCUGGAUAGUUUGGUAAUUGAAAUGAUUAUGACGAGUUGAUUUUUGCAGUUCAACAUUAAAAGUUAAUAAAUAAUAAGAUAGUUAAUGAAAAUGUCGAGGAUAACUUUACUUUGCUUAAUUUUCUGUGGAUUUUAUUCAUGUAUUUGCUAAUAGAUUUGUUAAAUUUUUUUUCACGGCAUGCAAAGAGCACACAAUCAAGUAUAAUUAAUUGGGGGUGAAAAUAUGAGAAAGAACAAUUUUUGAAUGAGAAUAAAGCAAAUAAUUGAAUA